GUUUUGUUCCUGGGCGACCAAAGUCUGAAAACCCUUCCCUUUCAUCAACUCAUCACCCAUCUCACCUUCGUCUCUUUCUUCCCUUCCAUCAUUCUCCUUUGCCCUCUACAUCCCGCAUACUGAAAAGUAUCUCUCGCAUUUCUCCCCGACUUUCUUUUUCCGACCCAACAAACAAAACAUGUCCGGAUACGGUGGUGGCCGUCCCAACGGUAACUACGGUGGUGGUGGCUACGGCCGCGACCGAGGUGAUCGCGGCGAUCGCAACGGCGGCGGUGGCUACGGCGGAGGUCGUGGUGGCUAUCACAACAACAACAGCAAUGGUUACAGCAACGGCGGUGGCUAUAACAGCAACGGUUUCUCCAACGGCGGCUAUGGUGGUGGCUACGGCGGCGGCGGUGGCGACCGCAUGAGUGCCCUCGGUUCUGGUCUCCAGAAGCAAGAGUGGGAUCUUUCUGCUCUUCCCAAGUUCGAGAAGGACUUCUACAAGGAGCAUGAGGAUGUUACCAACCGUUCAGCUGAAGACGUCGCUGCCUUCCGCGCCAAGAGCCAAAUGACUGUUGCUGGUCGCGACAUCCCCAAGCCCGUUGAGACCUUCGAUGAGGCUGGUUUCCCCCGCUAUGUCAUGGACGAAGUCAAGGCUCAAGGCUUCCCUAACCCCACCUCUAUUCAGUCUCAAGGCUGGCCCAUGGCUCUCUCUGGUCGCGAUGUUGUCGGUAUUGCCGAAACCGGUUCCGGCAAGACCCUAAGCUACUGCUUGCCUGCCAUUGUCCACAUCAACGCGCAGCCCCUUCUCGCCCCUGGCGAUGGCCCUAUUGUUCUGGUCCUUGCCCCCACUCGUGAGCUCGCUGUUCAGAUUCAGCAGGAAAUCACCAAGUUUGGCCGCUCCUCUCGUAUCCGCAACACUUGCGUCUACGGUGGAGUCCCCAAGGGUCCCCAAAUCCGCGAUCUCUCGCGCGGUGUUGAGGUCUGCAUUGCCACACCUGGUCGCUUGAUUGACAUGCUUGAGGCUGGCAAGACCAACCUUCGCCGUGUUACCUACCUUGUUCUCGAUGAGGCUGACCGCAUGCUGGACAUGGGUUUCGAGCCCCAAAUUCGCAAAAUCAUUGAGCAGAUUCGUCCCGAUCGUCAGACCCUAAUGUGGUCUGCUACCUGGCCUAAGGAAGUUCGUGCCAUGGCUGCUGACUUCCUUGAAGACUUCAUCCAGGUCAACAUUGGUUCUAUGGAUCUUGCCGCUAACCACAGAAUCACUCAGAUCGUUGAGGUCUGCACUGAGAUGGAGAAGCGCGACAAGAUGAUUAAGCACCUCGAGAAGGUCAUGGACAACAAGGAAAACAAGAUCCUUAUCUUUGUUGGCACCAAGCGUGUUGCCGACGAAAUUACUCGAUUCCUGCGCCAGGAUGGAUGGCCUGCCCUCUCCAUUCACGGCGACAAGCAGCAAAACGAACGUGAUUGGGUUCUCGACCAGUUCAAGGCUGGAAAGAGCCCCAUCAUGGUGGCUACUGAUGUAGCUUCUCGUGGUAUCGGUUAGUACAGCCCCCUCCCCCCUCCCUUCCGUCCCGUUAUUUCGAAAGCAAGGCGAAUUCGCAGAGAACUGCGCGACGUACUUUACUCGUGUCUAUUCUAGGGCCACCAUUGAUCAUACCAUCCUUGCGUAAUAUGAAUUUGUGUCCACUGGCGCCUCGACCUAUGGCGGGAGUCUCAUUCACUUGUAUAGCUGAUUUGUAGAGCUAUACUCGCGUUUCUGUCCCUCGUACCUUACCGUUCUUUGCAUGUGGUACGAGCGCGGAGGAAGAAGUCGACUUCGAUGACUUGAUUAGACUUUUCGUUUCUCCCUAGGCUCCCUGACCCGAGGACCCAGUUGACUGCAUGCCAUAUUUAUACCGUGGAACCUGAUGGCUCUGGCCGCUCUUGGAUUUGCUCUGGCUCUCAAAAAGGGUUGAAAGAAGCAGAUGUCCCGUAACCCAUGGAAGCUUUGGACAUACCUGCCCUUUCACGCGUCCCUCGCCGGAAAGAUUGUUGCUAUUGUGCCCGUGAUUUGUGCUAACCAUGAUGAUUUUUCUUUUGUUAAGAUGUCCGUAACAUCACUCACGUCUUGAACUAUGACUACCCCAACAACUCGGAGGAUUACAUCCACCGAAUUGGUCGUACUGGUCGUGCUGGUGCCAAUGGUACCGCCAUCACGUUCUUUACCACUGACAACCAGAAGCAAGCCCGCGAACUCGUUGGAGUCCUGCAAGAGGCUAAGCAGCAGAUUGAUCCCCGUUUGGCCGAGAUGGCUCGCUUCGGCGGCGGUGGUGGCCGUGGCUGGGGAGGCUGGGGUCGCGGACGCGGCGGCGGUGGUAGAGGUGGGUUUCGUCGACGAUAAAUCAGCAAACACCAACACACAACUGACUCGACAUCUUCUAGCCAACGCCAACAACCAGCCCCUUGGUAGAGGCAACAGACGCUGGUAAGACACAUACAUGUCCAGAGUUUGUCGACUCGUACUUGCAGUAGACCGCCUCCUGGCAGUCAGCACAUUAUGUUGCACCGUAUAAACGACUUGGUUUGCUUUUACACUUUACUGGCGUUUGGUAGAGGACUCAGGCCCGGGCAAGGUACUCCGACCUCCCUCCCGUUUUGCUAUUUUGUUUGCUUUUGUUUGUCUGUAUCACAUUUUGCAUUCUAGAACAUUGACAUGCUCCUUUGGCAAGUAUCGCCAUAUCCAGAUGGAUUGAUCUUGCUGGAGCUGGACAUGUCCCUCACCUCGUUUAGCCUUCCCUUAGUUGGGAGACUUUAUUGGUGUUUGAUGAGAGGAAGAAAAGUACCCUUAUGUUGACUUGCCAUUUUGACACUUAUAUUUGGGCUCUACUCUUCAGAGUACCUGACCGAGGUGGAAGACUCUAGACCUUGACGGUUACAAGAGCUUCUUCGAUAACUAAUAGAGAGACAGAAUAGACCAAAAGAAAGAAACACAAAAGUUCUUUGUUUUACAUUCUAUUUUUCCCUGUGUACUCUCUUUGUUCUCCCCGGUGAUAUUGUCAAGCAUCCGUCUCCUUACAUCAAACAGUUUUCGACCGUCGGAGGACUAGGGUGCGGAUUUGAUAUUAUGAUGAGUGUUUCUUUACGAUUAUUCUUUUGUCUUCAUGUUUGAUCUCUACGGUUAAGUAUUUAGUUUCGCUAGUUAGGUUGCGUUUUGUUGUUUGAAAUUCAAGUUGGCAUAGCAAA